AUGAGAAUUUUGCAGACUAACCAAGCCAAUGUCCUUUUUGCCGACGAGGACGACACAUUUCUCGCCCAAUUCCCACAGCAGACGGUUCCUGCCGAAAUCAGCAGGUCGUUCUUACACAACAUUACCCUUAUCCGCAAAGCCUCAUAUUGCCCAGCACCACCCGCUGCAGCCACUAUCCUGUCAACGCCGGGAGACUUCUACGUUAAACGGCCGGAUCUUAUGGCGGCCGGCAGCGUGGACCUGGCAUCCCUCGUCCUCCGGGAGCUGAAUGUCUGCGAGACCUUGAAAAGACACCCGCACCCGAAUGUAGCAACGUACCACGGAUGCCUGGUGUCCGAAGGGCUCGUUACGGGUCUUUGCUUCACCAGGUACCCGCAAACUCUCGCGGGCAAGCUCAACCCGGACUUCCUAAACAAAUCCGAGUUUAUAAAAAUGGAAGACUUUGCGGCUGCUAGAAAGCUGGCCGCCGAAAAUUGCCUCGCUGGAAUCGAGGCGGGCAUCCGACACCUGCACGCUCUUAACAUCGUGCACAACGAUCUGAACCCAGCCAAUAUUGCGAUGACCGAGGAUGGUGUCCCGGUCAUCAUCGACUUUGAUAGCUCUUCGGCACCGGGGGCAGCGCUAGACGGAAUCAAGCGGACACAUGGGUGGUAUGAUAGAAAUGAUAAGGUGGCACGAACGGACAAUGACUUGAAGGCCCUGCUCGAGCUUCGUGUGUGGCUGUCAGGGUCUUCCCCUGAAAAGUACCAGUUUAGGGACAUCUAA